AUGGAACACUCCGUGGUUCUGCCUUCGUUAGCAAUACGGGGCGAGGGCGGUGUAGUCAGCCGUCAUCUAAACUACGUUGACUCUGAUGCCGCCAGCAAGCACCGCAGGAAGAUUCAAAACCGGAAGAACCAAAGAGCACACCGGCAGCGGGUUAAAGAGCAAGAACAGACUUCCGCCCAGGCGCCAAGCCCAUUCCAAGUCAGACGCUGGCGCCUCGACGAACUAGAUGAUUGCCCAUCUCAAGAUGCCCCGUCAGAAUCGAAAAACGCGACCGACAUGUACAACGUCCGUCAGUCAACUCACAACACAUCAAGGCGAAUAUCCGUAAGGCCGCGAAUUUUUCAUGGGCGAAUAUCCACCACUCCAGUCCAUGAAGUAGCGUCCAUAAACCCCGCUUCCUUCAUCUUUCCCCUCUCAACCGAUCAUCUUCUUCACCUUGUCCAGUACAAUGUCUUCCGAGCUUUUAUCUCUAAUAAGAGCACUCUCAAUUUUCUUCUCAAAGGCUGGACUAAUAAGCUUCCCUCCCCGGAUGACUGCCCCAUCAGCGGCCCCUACCGUGACGACACAAUGGUUUAUCCCCUAAAUCCAAAUAUUCCUGUCUCCCUCGUCCCAACUCGGCUCCAACAAACCCGCUAUCACUCUAUCUGGAUCAAUCUUAUUCCUUUUCCCUGCGUUCGCGACAACUUGAUAAGAAAUGAAGGGAAUUUCGACCACUUGGACCUCUUAAAUGACCUCAUCGGUGAGCUCAUGAGUGCCACACCGGCUCGAAAUAAACGGAUUUCUCCUCCGGCAGUCCCGGCAUCCGACCCUAACAACAUGUGGACCUUGCCUCACACAGCAGGUCUUGACGAAGACGAAGUCACUGCGGGACGCAAGGGACUUAUUGUUUGGGGCGAACCGCAUAAUAUUCAGAGCUGGGAGGCGACCCCCGGCUUUCUUGCGAAGUGGUCAUGGGCUGUGGAGGGAUGUGACGAUUUGAUUGAAUCUACCAACCGCUGGAGAUUGAUAAGAGGAGAGGAUCCACUACGCCGCUUCAACGCCAAAAGUUAG